AUGACAACGAUUUACAAGGACGGCGAGUUCGUCGAAGAGAACUGGAUCCGGGUGGAUGCCGAAACAGGUAGCGCCAUUGAAGGCGACGCGCUGGUACCGCAGACCCUGUUUCUGGAGGCCGCGAACGACUAUCUCGCUCGCAACGGAAAAACAGCAGUGCUAGUUGAGGCCGGCGACAAUGUCGAACUGCUACAGCCUCACCUCGACAAUCUGGCCUAUGUCGCUGUCGACUUCCCGAGUUUUGCCGACGGGCGCGGCUUUUCCGCGGCCCGGGUACUGCGUGAGCAGAUAGGCUUUCAAGGGGAUAUCCGGGCUGCCGGCAAGUACAUUCUGGACCAGGUGCCGCUCGCGCGCCGGUGUGGUGUUUCCUCGUUCGAGAUUACCAAGCCGGAAGUGCUGAAAGCACUCAAGGCGGGCGAAUGGCCGGAAGUCACCAAGUACCUGCAGCCGGUGGGGACGGUCGACGAAAUUCCGUUCGGAACCCGCCCCUGGGCGCGCCGCUCCUUCCGGGAUGUCGCUGUCGCGGCCGAAUAA